AUGGCAUUUGGGCUGUUGGGGAACCUGCCCAAAUGCCUUGGCUGGGAAAGCCUCCUAGCCAAGAAAAGGCUGGUGUUACAGGAUCACAAUUAUGGAGCUCCACCACCUCCCUCCCCGUCUCCACCUCCUUCCCCUCCUUCACUUCCACCACCUUCCUCUGUCUGCCUCAUCCCUUCCCCACUUCCUGCUCAAGAUGUGGAACCUGCAUCACCCAUGUCCUCACCAGUGAAUGAAACUGAUAGCCCCUCCCAACCUCCUCAACCUGCAUCUCCCAUGAAAGAAACUCCUUCCUCUAAAACUCCCAAUCUAGAGAGGGAGGAUCGAGAUUCCUCCUAUUCCUCACCUUCUUCCACUGCAUCCUCCUCAUCUAGUACAUGCUCUGACAGUGAAGCAUUGGAUAAGGAAGAAACAACACCAAAGCCUACAGGGAAAGGGAAUGAGAAGGAAUUGAAAGCCACUGCUCCUCUACCUACAGAGAAUGACUACCAAGACUCAAUCACUCGCUGCAUUUGUGGAUUCACCCAUGAUGAUGGAUACAUGAUUUGCUGCGACAAGUGUCUGGUUUGGCAACAUGUGCAAUGCAUGGGUCUGAAUCCAGCCACAAUCCCUGAGGAGUACCUGUGUGAAACUUGUGAACCGAGGAAAGUUGAUCGAAGGAGAGCACGGACAAUUCAACGUCAGAAAAGAGAAGAGCUGGGAAUCAGUUCCAGCGAUGAUGAAGAUUUGGCUUCAUCUCUAGCAGGCGGGGUUAGAGGGACUCCAAGGAGCCGUCGCCCCCUCAUCAAACCCGGAAUCCAACCAGUAAAGAAGAACUUCCCUCCUAGUUCCAGCCAGGCAAAAGGGAAACAUGGAAAGUCCAGCAAUGCUGACAAGAAACCAUUAUCCUCUCCCUCCUCCAAGGAGAAGUCUGAUAGAAUUUUGAAGCAGAUGAAAGUGAAACGAAGAUCAACUCGUAUCGCUUCAAAGACCAAUGAGUCUGACCAAGAAGAAUCGACAGAAAUCAAACUUGAAGAAACAAUUGUGAAGGUGGAAGAGGAUCGAGAUGUGAAAGAAAAUAGGGAUGUGAAAGAAGAUAUUAGGCAUUUAAGGACUACCAGUCUUGAAAGUACUGGAAGUGGGACAGGUAAGGUGACGAGGGCAAGGAGAGAAGCCACUCUUACAACAGCAGCUGAUCCCGAGUGGAUGUCCCAGCUGAGGGAAUGGAUUGAUGACUAUGAAGAAGCUAUAACCAACCAUUAUAGCCCUGAGUUAAAGGCACGACUCAGUGGGUCAGCCAAGUUGAAUGGGAUGAAUCCUGACUUACGCAGUCAGAACCACAAGCAGCCCAAGUGCCGAGUUGUCAUCUACCCAGAUGCGGAAAGGAACCUGUUGUCAACCAGCAACUUGGAUCCAGACCAUUUCAUUGUUGAAUUGAAAGGAAGCUACAUGCUGCUGUCAGAGUUGAAGGGUUUCCCUCGGCCAGCGAGCAGAUAUAUCCCAUUCCUAAUCCACUACAGGAUUCCCCGCCUAGGCUUGGAUAUCUGUGUGGAUACCUGCCGUUAUGGAAAUAUUGCUCGUUUUGUUCGCAGAUCCUGCAAGCCCAAUGCUCAGAUCCAGCCUUGCAUGGACAAAGGAAUGUUGAGGUUAUUCAUUGUUGCUGCAUGCAACAUCCCAAAGAACACAGAAAUUACAAUUCCUCAUGAUCAGAAGCUUUUCUUUGGGAAUCCUCCUUGUGCUUGCAAUUCUUCUGAUUGCAUUUUUACUACUUCAAAGCUCAAAAAUGGCAUCCCUGAACAUGCUUCCACUUCCAGUGGUAGCAGUAAGAGGCACCCCCAGAAGGGAGGAGAUACCUGUGAUAGGAAGGAGAGCCCCGAGAGAAGCGGGAAGAAGUCUCAUUACUCGACACCAAGUCGUGGAGAUGAACCUCCCUCCCAUUCUCAAAUGUCACCCUCAGUACAAAACAGGACAGCAUUGUCCCCAUCAUCUCUCUCUAGAUCUGUUUCCCAAGAGGAUGCUCCUAAGAAACUGUCUCGAGAAGAGAGGAAGGAUUUGGCCGUGAUGAAAGUGUUUGAACGCUUGGAGAAAGAAGAGCAGAAGAAGCAGCAGAAGCAUCAUGAUCCAAAGGUGGAAGAAGAUAGACGAAAGAAGCGGAAAGAGAGCGGCGAGGGCAAGGAAAUCCCUGAUGCUCAUCAGCCAUCCACCAGGAAAAGGAAGAGAUCUCGACGCUCCAUGUCGACUUCAUUGGGCAAGAAACGCUUGAGGAAGGGUUCAGGAAGUUCUGAUUUUUUAUCCCUUGAUGAAGGCAGCAGUACUGGAGUGAUUCUGAAUGGUGCCGUUUCUCCUCACUAUCCUGAGAAUCUUACUAGUCAGGGGUUUAGUGAUGAUCCUGAGAAUAACUCUGGCGAUCAACUGGGUAACUCCAGUAUGCCUGCCUUCAGAAGGAGACGGGACCGAGUUAAGGUUCAAUUGCCAAGUUACUUGAUGAGGAACAAGGCUGGUUCUGACUCUCAUAAGUCUACCCCCAGCCCUUACAAUCGCUCGACCAGCAUGGUGACACACACCUCCUGUGAUGGAUCAGCCAAGCUGAAGAAACGUUGGCUUCAGAGGCAAGCCAUCUCUGAAGAGCAGGAGGAAUCGAGUUCUACUCUGUCCCCACAACCCAUAGGAGGACCUGGUAAUGGCAUAUGUGAGAGUCCCAUUCAUGAUGCAGCAGCAAGUUCUCCUAGCCAGUCUGCCGGAUGUGUAACCCCUUUGAAGAAGAGGCGUUUUGCUCGAGAGUCAGUGGGUGAUGUGGCAAGUGAGGAUUCCACUUCUGCUUCUUCCAGGCUCCAGGAAGAGACAUCAUCUGUGUCUAGAACUGGUUACAUGGGCUAUGAAAUCCUGUGGGGGAAGAAGGCAAUUGGGAUGCAUGGGGACACAGACUAUGAUUCUGACACUGGGAGUUCAGCCUCAUCUAUAAAAGCAAAUGAAGAAUUGAACCUAUCAGAGGAGCCUGGAACCUCCAGUAAAGUUCCAACAGCAUUGCCACACUCGAGCCCCUCGCGUGUGAAAAGAGAAGACAGUUUGUCCUUAAGCUCUCCCUUUCAGUGUUCCAAAAACUUGGUUUCUUCAGUCCCCAUCACCCCAGAUGAAGAAACGAUGGACGAGAUUCAGUUCAAGGCUUCUUUGCCAUCCUCUGCUGUGCAGAAGCAGGAAUCCAAGACUGAAAGUGAUAUGACAUUGAGUGAGGCAUUGAAUUUGGCUCAGAAUCCAAAAGAGAACAACAGAAAAAAAGCGUUGGAAGUGGAGGAGGAGGAGGAAGAAGAGGAAGAGGGUGGAGGGAUGAGCCUCAGUGAAGCGCUACCCAUGUCUGAAAAGCCAGAAGGAAAGGCUAGAGAAGAGGAGAUGCCAAGCUUGAGUGAUGCUCUGCUGCAUGGGAAUAGGCAAGAGGAAUCUGUGCAAGAGCCAGAGCUUCCAAAGUGUGAAGGACCUGAGGAAGAGGGGGCAGGAUUGUUGAGUCUCAGUGAUAUCUUACCCAGUUGCCAAAAGGAAGAGGGAGAGAGAGAAAGAAAGAAAGUAGUAGAAGAAACUGAAAGGAGGAACCCAGUGAUUGAAAUGUCUCUGAGUGACGUCCUUGUGAGUAGAGAAUGCAAUGUCCAGACUGGACAAAGUCAAGAGGAAGAGUGUGCUUCUGCUGCCAUUCAGGAUACUGAUGACCCAGACCCUGGUGAUGCCAAGGAGCAUGUGCCAGUGAAGCAGAGAGAUGUAGUUGCUAGUGGCGAGGAUGAUAAUGAAAACCGUAGUAAAGAUGUGCCAACCCUGAGUGAAAUUCUCAGCCUAGAUACGCAAGACAAGGGGAGAAGAAAGACCGAACAGGAGGAAAAACGAGGCGACCCAGAAGAAGCAAAGAAGCGAGACAUGCAAGAGAGCAAGGACGUUCCAGAAUCUCAUAAUCCAUGCACGGAAAGUCCUUCGCACGACGAGGGAGAUACCCUCGAGGAACGUUCGCAUGACUUCCAUGAAGAGAAUCCUCAGGACGUGGAGACUGAAGAGAUGGAGGUCGAAAUAGAAGAGAAUGUCGAGGCUCCAGCCCUUUCCCAUCAGCUCGUAGCUGAAGGGUCGGCAUUGCAUGCAGGUGCGGUUGAGAUCGAGUCUCGUCCUUGCGCAGAGACAUCGAGUCUUCUGUCGUCCUCGGACAAGGAAGAAGAGGAAGAGGAAUAUUUGUUACACCAGGAGUUGAACACAAACGAGAUGUCUCGGGCAGAAUCGCCUCUGAAUGCAGCCCCUGAACCAACACAAAUCAUGCAUUUGCUCCCGAAGAAAAAGAUCUCCAUCACGGACUAUCGAAGGAGAAGAUCUGAGACCCACGACAAAGACGAUGGAGGAGGAUUCUUUAAGAACUCGGAAAAAACAUUUCAGACAUCUAUGGACGACGAGAUCAAAUCUCUGCCGUAUCUUCCCACCCUGGACCGGCUUCCCCUCCUCGACAUGGACCCCAGGCUUUUCGCUUCUUCUCUGGAGGAGAAGUCCACUAAAGAUGGAUUGAUGAAGAGCCUCAGCCUCGAAACGGGACGUAGAAAGAAGACCGAGCGAGAUGGUGCUCGACUGAAGGAUCGCCUGGGACUCAUAGAAACCAAGGGCAAUAUGUCUCUGGGAGAUGGCAAAGUACAAAUAUCCAAGACUCAACCGAUUUCUCUGUUGUCCAGUGGAGACGAUUUCUCGACGUUCAACAGCCUCAAAGAGAAACUGGGACUGACAAACUUCGAGGGCAACACUGGGGGUGGGGAUUCCAAGCACGAUGAACUGAAGAAGCGCUUGGGCCUCCUGGAUCCUGAUUCCCCUUCGGUUCGACUGGAAGAGUUCAAAGAGCGUCUUGGCAUCGGCAAACUUCCUGUUAGUGGAGGGAAAGAGCAGAGCGCUGGAACAUCGCCAAAAAAUCUCGAGGAGCCGGCAGUUGUGAGGCCUUCCGUUCCGUAUCAGAAGAAAAAGCUCAAGAAAAAGAAGGCAAGUUCCUCGUCGGUCCGCGAUAGAGAACUUCUUCAAGGGGACUCGAACUCCACCGUCGCAAAGAAGGAGCGAAGAAUGACGAGCAGCAGCGUUCGCCAUUCCAUUGCGAAGGUGAACCGAUGGAAGGCUGCCCUUCAGACCAUGCCGCACACGAACAAAAAGAGAGAACAGCUGGAGAAACGGAAAUUGGCCGAGUUGAAGCGACUCGAGAAGAUGGGCGUUUUCGAAAAGGACGUGGAAGCUGCCGACAGGCGGAGCAAGGAGAAGGAGAAGGAGAAAGAGAAAGCGCCCAAGGACGACGAACACUGGGUCCAAAACGUGAUCGUCCUCUCCGAGAAGGACCUGCUUGACGACUUCUUCGAGCUGCACUGCCUCUUCCGGCUUCCCCGUCUCCCCCUCCUCCUCUUCGAGGGGCUCGUAAGGCAGUGGCACUCCCGGCCGUCCCCCAGCCUCCUCACCGUUAGCUUCCUUCAGGUAGGAGAAGGAAGAGGGGAGACGAGAAACCGUGACGAAGAGGAAACGAAGGUGACUUCUGAAGAUGGCAAGGAGGAAAAAGUAUUCGACCGGGAGAAGACGAGGAAAGAAAACGAAGACCGAGAAGAAGAAGAAGAGGAAGGAGAGAUCCGAGUGGAAGUUUCGGCCGAGGAAAUUUUACACCUGGAGCAAGAAAGGCAGAGGCUGCUCGGUCUUCUCAAGGUCUUCGAUGCCCUCAACGAAGACCCAUCCGGUCGAAGCAGCCAUCUGGGGGACUUGGAACCGGGGGAAAUCCUCACGUCCUCGUCUUCCUCUUCCUCCUCGUCCUCUUCGUCCUCUUCGACGUCCGACUCUUCGUCCUCCGCUUCGGACUCCUCGUCUUCGUCGGACUCCUCCGACGAGGGUUCGUCCUCCUCGGCCGAGAGAAAGAAGGCAAAGAAGAGAACGGCGGCGACGAAGACGACGGAGUCGAGAAGAGAAGAGAAGAAAAAAUCUGCGGAGGUAGACGGAAAGUCGGAAACGGGAGAAGAGAGAGGAGUCGUCGCAUCGAAACCCAGUGGUCUCAAUUCCCUGACGAUGAACUCCUCCGGUCUGGGACCGGUGCCCCAAGCGCAGCAGCAGUCGGGAGGAAUGUGUGCCCCGCCGCCUCCGACCAUCUCGAAUCCCCUUGCGGCUCGCCCGGUCCCCCCACCGAACAGCAUUCCUUACCCGCCUCCCCGCCCUCUUCGGAACGCUUCGUCUUCCACAAACAAGAACCCCGGGACGACGAGUGCGACUCCCAUCUCGUUGCAGGCUCAGGCUAGACCUUACGUGCUCCCGGUGUCUUACAAACUGGGAAGUUACGGGGGAACGAGGGAACCCCCCGGGUUCCCGAGCGGCGGUUACGAAGCGAACCUGUUAGACGCGGAGUUGGUGGGGGCGGAACAGAGAGGAAUGACGGUGCCGGUGGUCCCCCUCAACGCGGGUUUCGCCGACUAUCGCACUCAUCCCGGACACCAGCGUCGCCACUUCCGUCAUCGCGGAAAGAUGAUGAUCGGUCUUCCUCCCCCACCGCCUCCGCCGCUGCCUCCGCCUCCGCAACCUUCCCCUUCUCAUCCUGCAUCCUCGGGGAUCGCACACGGAUACUGA